AUGUAUUGGCCAGUUGCGACCCCCCGGAUAUACGCAACCACCAGCCAAGCUUCAUCUCGUCCAAAGGUUGUGCUCUCCCAUGAUGGCACCGAACCGAGCAAUUCCGCUGCUGGAGACAAUGCUUCGCUGCUGAGCCAGGACUCGGCUCUUUACAAGCCAGCAGAAGACAGCUCCAGCGAAGCCACACCUGCCCUCCUGACCCCUACUACACCGGGCCUCUUCUCUCCAAGGACCCCUGGAGUCAAUGCAGUCGACCAUGAAUUUCCUCUUCACGCAAAUGCGCAAAGCUCCCAAGAAAAUCUCGAGAGGCCUACUCUGCCUUCUGGAGAGCCCAUAAUAUCCUUGAAGGUCUCGCGGAAUGGACACAUGUUCGCGACAGUUACCGCGUCCUCCAUGACGGUAUGGCAAACAAAGCCAACCGUUGCUCUCGCUGUGGUCGUACGCUCCAAAGCAUCGCUAAGGUCCUAUGGAACCAAUGUGGCUCUUCUACUACGGCCCGACUCCGCCAUAUUCGUUGUCCAGACCAGUUCGGGCUACCUCAUCACUUAUUCUUUGGCUACCGACGCCGAGUCGCGUGUAUACAAGCCCCGUUUCUCGGACCAUAUGAACAUUCAAAGGCGGCGGCAAAGUCACUUUGGAGGUCCUGGAAAUUCCUCCCCAGAUCAGAUCUUCCUUGGCCCGGGCGAAGGCUCUGGCGUUCGAGAUAUCAGUGUUCGUUUUCGGAGGGUGAUCAAAGUUGACGCAGGUAUCGAACAUGUCGUUGCGCUGGACGAUGAGCUGGUAGUUGCCACCAGAAAACCGGCAGCUGUUCAGUGUAUCCGCUGGACACCGGACAGCAGUGGUAGUCAAACAAGCACCGAACUGGUCAACCGCAUGGGCUGGUUAGAAAAGAAGGUCAUCAUCACAGAAAUGACCCACGACCGGCCGAUGAACCUCUCAACAUGGAUAACCAAUGAUGGAAAGGCCUAUGCGAUACAACGAACUUCUGCGACCCAGGGUCCUUCCCAGGAUGACGAGACGGGCCCCAAACGACUUUUCAAAGGGCACUGCUUCCACACGCCGCAGGAUGAGCAUUCUCACGCUAUUAAAGCAGUUAUCAAUGCGCGAUUCUCGCUGAUUGCUGUUGGCUGUGCGGAUGGAAGUGUACACGUCUAUUCCGUGCGAGAUUAUGCUGGCAAUAUUCCUGCCUCCCAUAUUCAUAAGAUUCCCGUUUCCAGGCAGACUUCUGGCUCCAUAACCACCAUCACGUAUUCUCCUGAUGGCUAUUGUCUUUUUGCCGGCUACGAAAAUGGGUGGGCUACUUGGAGCGUGUUUGGUAAAUCAUUGAGCACAAGUUUUGCAGCUAUUCCCGCCAUCACCGAGACAAACAAGGAGGAUUGGCUAUCCGGUGUUGCUGAGGCUUCGUGGAUUGGAGGGGCCUGUGAGUUGCUCCUCAUUGGACACCAGAGUGAAUCUCUGUGGCUGCUGGAGAUGGCCCGCAGUGCCGUGACUGGGUGUUACAGCCCUCCAAACUUGUUUCGAACCGUUCUUCAGACUUCGUCCAGUGUCAUGGUGUAUCGUGGAUAUGAUCUCCCAGACCUGACCAGUAUCUCCGCAGAACCAUUCUUGUGGCAUACUGCGAGAAUUCCGUCAAACUAUCUCCUCAACCAAUGGCCCAUCAGGUGCACUGUGAUAUCUUCUGAUGGUAGAUAUGUAGCAGUGGCUGGGAGACGUGGGCUUGCGCACUACAGCAUCAACAGUGGCCGCUGGAAAACGUUCGCAAAUGACGAUGCCGAGAACGAAUUCUCAGUGCGAGGCGGUAUGUGCUGGUAUCAACAUAUCCUGGUCGCUGCCGUCGAAGCCAAUAGGUCAUAUGAGCUCAGAUUAUAUUCGAGGGAAUCAGCACUCGACACCGGUACUGCGAUAUUCACGCAGCAGCUCCCCGCUCCAAUAGUAUUGAUUACACCUUCUGGGGAUGAUUCGCUUCUCGUCUACACAUACGAGAAUCUCCUAUACCACUUCGUCUUUGCACCCGUGGGCAAUACUAUACGCCCCAUUCAGGUUGGCCAGAUCGCAUUUCAUGGUAUAGUGAGAUCACCAGCAAGAGUCAGAGGGUUGAGCUGGAUCUUGCCAGAGAACCAGCUGUUGGAUGGUGACCCCUCCCAGGAUGUCGCUGUAGCAUCUGUUUUGUUUCUGGUCGAUGGAAAACUUGUUCUACUCCAGCCCUCUCGGAACAGCGACGGUCACCUGAAAUACGACAUGCGGGUCAUUUCCCAGAAUGUUGAGUUCUAUAUCAGCAUGAGAGACCAGUCAUCUGUGUAUAUGCUGAACUCAUCUAGCGGCCACGGCUCUCCAGAGACAGAAGACACAUCAAUGAGAAACUCGUUGUGGUUGUUUGAAGGCCACGACCUUAAAGCAUGGCCAGAUAUUCAGGAUGUCCUGCACGCAGCGACGGAUUCGACAAAGGAGUUGCCCCCGACCGUGGUCACGCCUCUCGAUUUCUAUCCCCUUUCUAUAUUGCUGAGCAAGGCCAUUGUGUUGGGUGUUGAGCCAGAUCUCGUUCAGCGGAGAGAUAUUAACUUCUCCUUCUUCCGCUUUUCCAUCAGGACGCACCUCUUCUUCCCAGAAGUUCUACGAUUUUAUUUGACCGUGAACAAUUCGCUCGCGGCGCUCAAAUUGGCGCAGAGCUAUCAGGACCUGGAAUAUUUUGCUCACGGCCUCGAGAUUCUGUUGCACCAUGUCCUCGAUGAAGAGGUUGACUCGGCGCCCACACCUGAAGCAGCACUUCUUCCCCGAGUGCUGUCACUGUUGUCAUCCUUCAAACAGUAUUUGGAUAUCGUGGUUCAGUGUACACGAAAGACGGAAGUCAGGUCAUGGCGGACGCUCUUUGCAUAUCUCCCUCCACCGGGAGAGCUCUUUGAAGAAUCGCUGCAACGAGGCUCGUUGAAGACAGCUGGUGGGUAUCUGCUCAUAUUGCACACGUUUGAAGAACUAGCCACAGCAUCAGAACAGUCUGUGCGUUUGUUCUCUCGUGCCAUUCACGAGGAAGACUGGGACUUGUGCAAAGAGCUGGCACGAUUCUUGGCUGCUAUGGAUGAGAGCGGUGAGACCUUGCGAGAGGCAAUGCAGUUGGUUAACCUUCGGGUGGAGCAGGGAAAAGACGAGCUGCCAGGGCUGAUGGCGAGACUAGAAGUACCAUCACGACGAAUGAAUGGGGGACGUAACUCUGACAGUGGAUCAGAAACACAGUCCUUGAGCGAUGGAAGCAGUUUUGGAACCGCGAGUCCUGCAUAG